GAAUAGAUAUACGAAGAAUAGAAUAAUCUGGCGACCGACCGAUUUGUUGACUCAAUCAUUUCGAAUUCGCGCUUUCAACGGAUACGACACCAAUAUCUCGCUCGCUCUAUGUAAGCGUACACUGACCAGGUGAAACCAAAUCCACUCAACAAAGCAUAACCAUGAAGACUUUCAUCACACUGUUCGUUCUCGCUGUUUGCGUGGCUCCCCUCUACGCACUCGAUUGCUACACAUGCGGCUUCGUUUCUGGGUUCGGCGGAGAAGUGUGUAAAGAUACAUUUGACAUUGCCUCCCUGAAUAGCAGCAGUGACGUCACAACAAGCACUUGCAGUGGUUCGUGCGCGAAAACCGUCGUAACCGUCAAUGGAGAAGUGACGGCCGUUACCCGUUCCUGUUCAGGUGCCUGUACCGCUGGAUGUAUAUCCUUCUUCGGUAUCAAGACCUGCACAAACUGCUGCACUGGAGAAUAUUGCAACGGCGCCACCAACGUCCAUAUGAGCAUCAUCGCUAUAAUGGCAGCACUCCUGGUCGCUCUUGGAUUUUCCCGUUGAGAAAAUAAUGAAAUAAAUAAAAAUAAGAGUUUAGGGUGAGGGCGUGGGAGGGGGGGGGGGCGUGUUAUUAGGGCACCUUUUGUAAUAUUUUGAUAAUAACACGAUAGUUUAGAGAAAACAAUUAUUUAAACUUCUGUAAAAUAAUAGUAUCGGGGAGCAAGGGGGGGGGGGGAAUUAUCUUUUUAAUUGUAAUAAUCUCAUUUCACGAAACCAUUAAUGAAGAGAACCAAAGAACAUUCAAGAUUUCUAUAUAGGUCUACCUGAAUUCCUCGAUUAACAUAACGAUUAAUAUUAGUAGUGCCGUGUUUGUGCCAUCGAACUGGAUCGGCCAAAUCAAUUGAUUCAUAAUAUAUAUAUGUAUGCAAUAUUUUUUCCCGUAACAUGAGAGUAAUUUUAAUAGUUUCAUACUAUUAAUUAAAUGUAAUGUUAACAGUUAUUGUAUAAUUGUUUUAAAUGGGGGCACGCUACAAGAGUCCUAUCUCGCACCCCGGGGCAACGUGUCUGACACGGCCGGUUGUAGCAACUACUCCGAAGAUCAAGAUUACAUUAAUCUUGAUCUAAGGAGACACGAACAUACAACCAUGUAAUAUACGUGAAAAUGUAUAGCUGCUGUAGGCCCUACUUUGUUUUUCAUUAUAAAAGAACGUGUUUCUUGUUAUUGUACAUACUCAUAAAUUUGAUAAUAAAUAUUUGGAAUACGAAAAUACUA